AUCCCCGCCCCCUGUGCUCCAUAACUCAAUCCGGGUCUCUAGGUGGAAGGAACAGAGAGAAGUCAUCAGGAGGGGGAGUAUAUAGAGGAACACAGCGGUCUGUACAAGGACGUGAUGAUGGAGAAUCACCGGCCCCUCACAUCACUGGAUGGGCCCAGUAACAGAGAGACCCCAGAGAGAUGUCCCCAUCCUCUGUAUUCCCAGGAUUGUACAGAGGAGAAUCACAGGACCCCACAGGAGGAUCAGGUUGAACGUCUGAUUGAUAUUAAAACAGAAGAUAUAGAGGGAGAAGAAGAGAUUUAUAUGACUGAUAUAAAGGCAGAAGAUAUAGAGGGAGAAGAAGAUACGUAUGUGACUGAUAUAAAGGCAGAAGAUAUAGAAGAAGAAGAGACGUGUGUGACUGAUAUAAAGGCAGAAGAUAUAGAAGAAGAAGAGACGUAUAUGACUGAUAUAAAGGCAGAAGAUACAGAGGGAGAAGAAGAGACGUAUGUGACUGAUAUAAAGGCAGAAGAUACAGAGGGAGAAGAAGAGAUGUAUGUGACUGAUAUAAAGGCAGAAGAUACAAAGGGAGAAGAAGAGACGUAUGUGACUGAUAUAAAGGCAGAAGAUACAGAGGGAGAAGAAGAGACGUAUGUGACUGAUAUAAAGGCAGAAGAUAUAGAGGGAGAAGAAGAGACGUAUGUGACUGGUAUAAAGGCAGAAGAUAUAGAGGGAGUAGGAGAGACGUAUGUGACUGAUAUAAAGGCAGAAGAUACAGAGGGAGAAAAAGAGACGUGUGUGACUGAUAUAAAGGCAGAAGAUAUAGAGGGAGAAGAAGAGACGUAUGUGACUGAUAUAAAGACAGAAGAUAUAGAGGGAGAAGAAGAGACGUAUGUGAGGGGUGAUCAGCAGUGUAAGGAGGAGGAGAUCCCUACAGAUAUCAGCACAGCAGAUGGACACACAAGCAGGAAUAUCUCAGAAGGACAUCUAAUGUUAUCCCCGGAUUGUGACAUAAAAGAUAAUGACCGUAGACAGGAUUCUCCAGGAGCUAACCCCAUUACCCCAAUUAUACAUCCAGCUCUAUCAGCUGAUCCCUCUGAUCCUGGGAAAUGUUCUCCUGAUCACUCUGAUAUUGGUGCAUCUGUUACAGCUCUGAGACUAGAUACAGAGUUUCUCUGUUCUACAGAUGCCAAAUGUUUUACACAGAACACAAAGCCUAUUAACCCACAGACAGGUAAGGCAGGGGAGAGGCCAUUUCCAUGUUCUGAGUGUGGGAAAUGUUUUGCACGGAAAUCAGAUCUUAUUACACAUCCGCGUAGUCACACAGGUGAGAAGGCAUUUCCAUGUUCUGAGUGUGGGAAAUGUUUUACAUACAAAUCACUUCUUGUAAUACAUAAGAGAAUACAUACAGGUGAGCAACCAUAUUCCUGUUCUGAGUGUGGGAAAUGUUUUACAUACAAAAAAACUCUUGAUGCACAUCAGAGAAGUCACACAGGUACAUCACCAUUUCCAUGUUCUGAGUGUGGGAAAUGUUUUACACAGAAAUCGCAUCUUAUUACACAUCAGAGAAGUCACACAGGUGAGAAGCCAUUUCCAUGUUCUGAGUGUGGGAAAUGUUUUGCACGCAAAUCAGAUCUUGUUAGACAUCAGAGAAGUCACACAGGUGAGAAGCCAUUUUCUUGCUCUGAGUGUGGGAAAUAUUUUGCACAGAAAUCACAACUUGCAAGACAUCAGCGAAGUCACACAGGUGAGAAGCCAUUUCCAUGUUCUGAGUGUGGGAAAUGUUUUACACAAAAAUCACAACUUGUUGCACAUCAACGAAGUCACACAGGUGAGAAUCCAUUUCCAUGUUCUGAGUGCGGAAAAUGUUUUUCCUGGAAAUCACAACUUGUUACACAUCAGCGAAGUCACACAGGUGAGAAGCCAUUUACAUGUUCUGAGUGUGGGAAAUGUUUUGCACACAAAUCAGAUUUUGUUAGACAUAACAGAAGUCACACAGGUGAGAAUCUAUUUUCUUGCUCUGAGUGCGGGAAAUGUUUUAUCCGGAAAUCACAACUUGUUAGACAUCAGAGAAGUCACACAGGUGAGAAGCCAUUUCCAUACUCAGAAAUAAAUUAGCUCUUGCACACAAUAGACAUCACUCAGGUGAGGAACCAUUUUAUUCUGGAGUAUACUUAUCAUUGCCAUGUAAUGUUCCGCAAGGUUCAUAUCCUAUCUCCUAUGCUUUUUGCAAUAUACAUGCUACCGCAGGGUGAAAUAAUCAGAUGUCAUGUCCUCAUCUACCACUGCUAUACAGAUGACCUGUCUUUUUCUCCGGGUACUGAGAACCCAAUACCAAUCCUAAAUGUCUAGCUGAGCUCCAGGUGUGGGUGAUGACAGUUGGCUGUGACUCAGUACUGGUGAAACAGGUCCUUAUGAUAGAAGCUCACCAACAAAGGGCAGGGCUACAGCUCAGCUUUACCUACCAACCAGACUUACGCUUGUGGGUUCAGAGUUACAAAAUGCGGAUCAUGUGCGGAAUCUUGGUGUCCUGGAUGGUGGAGUGACACUUAGACAUCAGUAUCAGCCACAAUCAUAUCCUCAUCUGAGGAACAUAGCCAGGUUCCAGCACUUAUUUCCCUCAGAUCUACCUACAGUCAUACAUGCACUUGUAUCAUCACGCAUAGACUACUGCAAUGUCCUCUACCUGGGUCUCCCAGCAAAAGAAUUGCACCGCUUGUAGCUUGUACAGAAUGCAGCAGCCAGGCUGUUACCUAACCAGCCCGUUCCUGCCACAUAACACCCAUUCUCUGCUCCCUUCACCGGCUGCCUGUAAGAUGGUGACUCUAUUACAUAAUCUUACUGACUCUCCCAGCCCUACAUGACCAGGGUCCAUGGUACCAGAAGCAACUUCUGCCUCCUUACUGCCCUGGUUACUUCCAUCUGCAGAUGAAGGACUGUUACCAGCAGUACCAAGAAUCCCCAAGCAGGGCUGAGAUGUCAGGGAGGAAACAGGGCAGUGGCAGCAGUGG